AUGGCUUACGGCUGGGAUGAAUCCGAGCGGGCACAUGAGCAGGUGUACAACGGCGAACAGCACCAUGAGGGCAAGUUCUCUCACGAGUUCGUUGCCGGUGCCGCUUCCUUUGCUGCCAUGAAGGCCUACGAGGACCACGAGCGCAAGGAGGGCAAGCCUUCCAGCCACAAAUUGGCCAAGGAGCUCAUCGCCGGCUUGGUCGGCGGCGAGGUCGACAAGCUCGCCGAGACCAAGGGCAUGAACUGGCUUGACCGCGAGAAGGCCGAGCACCACGCCAAGAAGAACGUCGAGCACAUGUACGAGGAGCGUUACGAGCAGCACGACAACGGUCGCGACAACGGCCGCGACAACCGUGACAACCGCGACAACUACCGCGACAACGGCCGCGACAACUACCGUGAGGACAACCGCAACUACUAG